AUGAUUCUUGAUAAAGAUAGUUUGUUAGCAAAAAAUCAAAUCGAUGAAAGAGAAACUGAACAAAAAAGUAAACAGUUAUUUGAUAAUCUCUACCAAUUACAAAUGUGUAUUCUUAAUGGAUAUAAAACAAAAAACGAAUCUUUUCAAAUUGAUAGAAUUCCAUUAUCUAGAGUAAAUGAAAGUGUUAUGUUUCCUGAUCAAAUUCUCUUUUCAGAAAUUGGUCAUCAUCAAAUUAAAAAAGAAAUCGUAAAGAGAUGUUUUUAUGAAGAAGAAACUAAUAAAUGGUUUGAUGAAAUGUUUAAAAAAGAUAUUAUUGAAAUAGAGGAUUGUAUUUCAGCGAUUCAAUUAGUUGAUAAAAAAAAAGAUUUAUUAAAGAGAAAAGUUCGAGAUAAAGAAACAAUUUCAAUUGCACUUUCUCGUAUUAUUGAUAUCUUUGGAAUCCUUUUAAUUCUUAUAGUUAUUUGUUUAAUUAAUGGUGUUCCAAUUUCAUCAUAUUUGCUACCUUCAUGUACAUUCUUUCUUGGUUUUUCGUUCAUAUUUGGAAAUUAUAUGAAAAGAGUCUGGGAAAGCCUUGUUCUUGUUAUUUUUAUUCGACCAUUUGAUAUCGGGGACAGAAUUCAAGUAACUGGAUUUCCUACAGUUAUUAUUGAUGAAGUUCAACUACUAAGUACUGUUGCUCAUAAUCCAAAUGGAGAACAAUACAUCCUCCCUAAUGACUUUUUAUACAAUAGUGUUAUCACACAACUUAAACGUUCACCAUUUUAUACAAUUGAAUUAUACAUCAAUGUUGACAUAACUGUUGACCUUAAAAUUAUUGAAGAAAUCAGAGUUUCAUUAGAACAAUUUCUUAAAACAGAUACAACAUUUAAGUGGAAUACAGAUAUAAUAUUUUCUCCAGUUGAUGUAACUCUUGAACACAAAAUUAAUUUAUUACUAUGGAUUGAAGUAAAUGAUAUCACUUAUAAUGACCCAGGAAAGUAUCUUAAAGCUAAAAAAAUAGUUAUUGAAUUACUUACAAACGAGUUGGUUAAAAGAAAUGUUAUAUUUACAUUACCAAAACAACGUUUAGUUGUUGACCUAAAAACUGAAAAAUAA